AUAGUUCAAAAACUGUUUCAUGCACAACUGCAAAAUGUCAAAAACCUUUGUACUCUCUCCAUAUAAAUUGUGGUGGAAAAGAAGUAACUGUUUUUGGGGAAAAAAAUACAACAUUUAAUGGUGACACAUAUUUGGUUGGACCUUCAUCGUUUCGCCAUAGCACAACAACAAAUUGGGCUUUAAGCAGCACUGGUUACUUUCCUGAUGAUGACCAUACUCAAGACAUCUUUAUCCAAAAUAAAGAAUCUAGACUCUCCAUGCCCAAUCCACAACUGUACACGGAAGCACGCCUUUCUCCCAUCUCUCUAACUUAUUAUGGGUUUUGUCUGGGAAACGGAGACUACACUGUAAACCUCCAUUUUGCAGAGACAGAGUUUACAAAUAACAAAUCAUAUAGAAGCCUGGGAAGGCGUAUAUUUGAUGUUUACAUUCAGGGGAUAAAACGGCUGAAGGAUUUCAAUAUUGCGGAUGAAGCUGGUGGGGUUGGUAAGGCAGUCAUAAAGAACUUUAAUGCUUCUGUAACUAGUGGUACCUUGGAGAUCCGUUUCUAUUGGGCUGGGAAAGGGACGACUGGUAUCCCACUUAGAGGAGUUUAUGGUCCUCUUAUAUCAGCUAUUUCUGUAAAUAAUCGUAAGUUUACACUGUAGACCAUUGGGAGUUUCUCAUAUGUAAAUAUCAUGUUAGGCAUUAAGAGAUCCGCCUUUA